CGAGGGUGGAGCGGCGCGGGUGGUGGUGGGGGCGGGGUAUGGCGCUCUGUGAAGCGCUGGGCGGUUGGCACAAACGGCGUCGCCGGGGCCGGAGGAAAAAGCUCGCAACCCCAGCCGGUCCCUUCUCACAUCCUUAGGGACACCAGUGGACUUGGGGGCCAGCAAGCAUCCCCAGAGCACCAAAAGGAGCUCCUGCUGCCGGCCCUGCCUUACCCUGCCCCACGCCAGGUCCAGCGGCCCCCGGCUGCAGCAAGUAGAGGAGGAGGAGGAGGUGGUGGAGGAGGGUGGCAUCAUGGGCCGGGGCCGUACCCUCCAUGCCCGGGGGAUGAAGACACUGCAGCCAUGGACAGCCCGUGCCAGCCACAGUCCCUGAGUCAGGCUCUCCCUCAGUUGCCAGGGUCUGUGUCAGAGCCCUUAGAGCCUAGCCGAGCCAGGAUGGGGGUGGAAAGUUACCUGCCCUGUCCCCUGCUACCUUCCUACCACCAAAAGGGAGCAGCUGGUGAGGUCUCGGCUGGCAGUGGGACCUCCAGAGCCACAGCCACCGUUACCACUGCCAGCCCCCUGCGGGAAGGCUUCGGUAGUCAGGAUGGCGGUGAGCUGUGGCCGCUGCAGAGUGAAGGUGCAGCGGCCCUGGUCACUAAGGAGUGCCAGCGACUGGCUGCCCAGGGUGCCCGGCCUGAGGCCCCUAAACGGAAGUGGGCUGAGGAUGGCGGGGAUGCACCUUCACCUGCCAAGAGGCCCUGGGCCAGGCAAGAGGACCAGGAGGCAAAGGAAGAGGGUGAUGUAGGCUGUGGCAGUGGCCCCAGCACUACCAGCAACAGCACUGGCAGCGUCGGUGAGGCGAGUGCCCGGCUGAGGGAGGAGACUCUACCCUGCGCUCCUGAGCGCUUGGCCCUGGACUACAUUGUGCCUUGCAUGCGGUACUAUGGUAUCUGCGUCAAGGACAACUUCUUGGGGGCAGCACUGGGGGGCCGGGUGCUGGCCGAGGUGGAGGCGCUGAAGUGGGGUGGGCGCCUGCGCGAUGGGCAGCUGGUGAGCCAGCGGGCCAUCUCACCGCGCAGCAUUCGCGGGGACCAGAUUGUCUGGGUGGAAGGCCACGAGCCAGGCUGCCGGAGCAUCGGUGCCCUCAUGGCCCACGUGGACGCUGUAAUCCGCCACUGUGCUGGGCGGCUGGGCAACUACGUCAUCAAUGGGCGCACCAAGGCUAUGGUGGCCUGUUACCCAGGCAACGGGCUGGGGUACGUGAGGCACGUUGACAAUCCCCACGGCGACGGGCGCUGCGUCACCUGCAUCUAUUACCUGAAUCAGAACUGGGAUGUCAAGGUGCACGGUGGCCUGCUGCAGAUCUUCCCCGAAGGCCGGCCUGUGGUAGCCAACAUCGAGCCGCUCUUUGACCGGUUGCUCAUUUUUUGGUCUGACCGACGGAACCCCCACGAGGUGAAGCCAGCCUACGCCACCAGGUACGCCAUCACUGUCUGGUAUUUUGAUGCCAAGGAGCGGGCAGCAGCCAAAGACAAGUAUCAGCUAGCAUCAGGACAGAAAGGUGUUCAAGUACCUGUUUCACAGCCGGCUACCCCUACUUAGUGGUCAGCCCUAGCGCUGCCUGGACGGACAGCUCGCCUGCCUGCCCAACUUCAGGAGAGCCUCGGGCCUGGCGGCAGCCCACCAAGCCUCAGUGCCCUCUACUCCCCUGCCACCGCUGCUGCUUCUGGCUUGCCUCUGUCCUUCCUGGCGUGGAGGACUGCAUGGCCGAGGACCAAGGAGGAUGAGCCUGUGGCUGCCCCAGGUGGGGGCAGGGCGGGGGCAGUUGUUGGGGUGAAGCAGAGGGUCUGUGUGUCCUGCCCGGUCUGGCCGUUUCUCCGCUGGGUGUGGAGAGGCAGGAGGCGCGAUUUGGGGUUGAGGUGAGUCACAGCCUCUUGCUGGUGAGGGUUUGUUGGGGGGGACCUUCUCCAGUCUCCCCACUCCCCCAGCCUGGAAUGUGAAGUGACUCCCCAACCCCCCCCCCCGCCAUGGCACCGUUCGGACUGGGCUGCCACCUGCUCGGGCAGGGCGACGGUGCCAGCAGGAGCAUGGGUUUGAAAGUCCUGCCAGCCAAGAAAUAAAGUUUACCUCAGAACUGCA